UGUUGCUUGUAUCCUUACAAUUUAUAUUGAUAUUGAUUGUGUCCUAGUAUGAUUUGAUUGCUUAUUUGUACCUUAUGACUAUCAUUGGCUCCACCCCCAUCUAUUCUCUGCCCUCCCCCCCCGAGUCCCAGCUGAUCGGGAGGAAAUGGGGAUUUUGCAGUAACCUUCCCCUGGAGUGGGGAGGGAAUGGAGAUUUUACAGUAUCCUUUCCCUGCCACGUCCACCAAGCCACACCCACCAAGCCAUGCCACGCCCACCAAGCCACGCCCACCAAGCCAUGCCACGUCCACCAAGCCACGCCCACAGAACCAGUAGUAAAAAAAUUUGAAUCCCACCACUGCUUUGCUGAAAUGUAGUCCUGAUAGCAUAUAGUACAAAUUCAGCUGCUGGUCAAAUCGUGGUUCUAAAAGCUGCUGUUGGUUGAUAAAUGAGAUGAAUUUAUGCUGUAAUAUAUUAGAGGUUUUUUUUAUGUGCUUUAAAGUCUCUUUGAAGUGUUUUGGCACAAAAAUCAAGAUAUGUGUAAUCUCUGUCCAUCAAUCAAUCAACCUAAGGAAGGCUGAAGAAAACCUUUUCCCCCCCAAUAUUUCUUUCUAUUUUCAGGAUGAAGCUUUGUUAGGUGGGAAUCUACUGAGAUUAAUCUUAUCACUAACGCUGGGAUGCACGUUUGCUUCUGAUUCUCAGGAUGUCUUCCAAGCAACCAGCUUCUCCGUAUGGGGAAGCAGAUGGAGAGGUAGCCAUGGUGACAGGCAGACAGAAAGUGGAAGAGGAAGAGAGUGGCGGCCUCCCAGCCUUUCACCUUCCUUUGCAUGUGAGUUUUCCCAACAAGCCUUAUUUUGAGGAAUUUCAGCCAGUUUCUCUGCUGACGCGAGAGCCUUGCGGCCUUAGGACUCCUACCUCUCAGCAAAACACAAUGGAAGUUGAUGGCAAUAAAGUGAUGUCUUCAUUUGCCCCACAUAACUCAUCUACCUCCCCCUCGAAGGCUGACGAAGGUGGGCGUCAGAGCGGAGAAUCAUUUUCCAGCACGACUCUGGGAACUCCUGAACGGCGUAAAGGAAGCCUAGCAGAUGUGGUAGACACUCUCAAACAGAGGAAGAUGGAGGAGAUGAUCAAGAAUGAGCCUGAAGAAACCCCCAGUAUUGAAAAACUACUAUCAAAAGAUUGGAAAGACAAGCUCCUUGCCAUGGGAUCAGGGAACUUUGGAGAAAUAAAAGGGACUCCAGAGAGCCUAGCGGAGAAAGAGAGGCAGCUUAUGGGCAUGAUCAAUCAGCUGACCAGUUUGCGGGAGCAGCUGCUGGCGGCUCACGACGAGCAGAAGAAAUUGGCGGCCUCGCAAAUUGAGAAGCAGCGCCAGCAAAUGGAGCUGGCCAAGCAGCAGCAAGAACAGAUUGCAAGACAGCAGCAGCAACUUCUGCAACAACAACACAAAAUCAACCUGCUUCAGCAACAGAUCCAGGUCCAAGGUCAGCUACCGCCACUAAUGAUCCCCGUAUUCCCUCCAGACCAGCGAACCCUAGCAGCAGCAGCCCAGCAAGGAUUCCUCCUGCCACCUGGUUUCAGCUACAAGACAGGCUGCAGUGACCCUUACCCCGUUCAGCUGAUUCCAACAACAAUGGCAGCUGCUGCUGCCGCAGCAACUCCAGGUUUAGGCCCACUGCAACUGCAGCAAUUGUACGCCGCACAACUUGCAGCCAUGCAAGUAUCUCCUGGUGGAAAACUCUCCGGCAUUCCCCAAAGCAACAUGGGUGCAGCAAUAUCGCCUACCAAUAUUCACACUGACAAGAUCACAAGCAGCCCACCCCCCAAAACCAAGGAUGACGUGGCUCAGCCGUUGAAUCUCUCAGCAAAGCCCAAGACAAAUGACAGCAAGUCCCCCUCGUCACCGACUUCUCCUCACAUGCCAUCAUUGAGAAUAAACAGCGGGUGCAGCUCAUUGAAAUCUUCGGUGCCAGCAACGUUAGCUAGUCCAUCAGCCAGAGUCAACACAAUAGAUAUCCUCUCCUCCAUCACAUCGUCAGGUUACUUAAAUGAUCACGAUGCUGUUACCAAGGCAAUUCAGGAAGCUCGGCAGAUGAAAGAACAGCUCCGGCGAGAACAACAGGUGCUGGAUGGAAAGGUUGCAGUUGCAAACAAUUUGGGUUUAAACAACUGCAGGACAGAUAAGGACAAAACGACAUUGGAGAACCUGACUCAACAGCUGGCAGUCAAACAGAACGAAGACGGGAAGUUUAGCCACGCGAUGAUAGAUUUCAACAUGAGUGGAGACUCCGAUGGAAGUGCCGGAGUCUCAGAAUCUCGGAUUUACCGAGAAUCCAGAGGGCGCGGGAGCAACGAGCCGCACAUCAAGCGUCCGAUGAACGCCUUCAUGGUGUGGGCGAAAGACGAACGGCGGAAGAUCCUGCAGGCUUUCCCUGAUAUGCACAACUCCAACAUCAGCAAAAUAUUGGGGUCUCGUUGGAAAGCUAUGACGAACCUUGAAAAACAGCCAUACUACGAGGAGCAGGCUCGCCUCAGCAAGCAGCACCUGGAGAAGUACCCAGACUACAAGUACAAGCCCAGGCCGAAGCGGACGUGCUUAGUAGAUGGCAAGAAGUUACGGAUCGGCGAAUAUAAGGCAAUCAUGAGGAAUCGGCGUCAAGAGAUGAGGCAAUAUUUCAAUGUGGGACAGCAAGCACAGAUUCCUAUUGCGACAGCCGGUGUCGUCUAUCCGGGAGCCAUCGCCAUGACGGGAAUGCCCUCCCCGCAUCUUCCCUCCGAGCAUUCAAGUGUAUCUAGUAGCCCAGAACCUGGAAUGCCCAUCAUCCAGAGCACUUACGGCAUCAAAAACGAGGAGGCUUCUCAUGUCAAAGAGGAAAUGCAGAGCGAGGACAUCAAUGGCGAAAUGUACGAAGACGAUGAGGAUGAAGAAGAUGACCGCGAUGUGGACUACGGCAGUGAAAGCGAAAACCACAUUGCAGGACAAGCCAACUGAUCGGGGGGUUCCCAUUCUUGGUUUUGACCUCGGAGGACUUUAACGGAGACCCCCACAGUCCGGUUUCUUACCCAGUGGCCAAGCACACAAACUUUAUCCUCACACACUGACUGUUACUUAAAACUUUUUUAGUCUUUACUAGUUGGGACAUCAGCUGAUCAGGAGAUAUCAGCCUGCGUUGAGAACUUUGGAAAAGCAAGAAAGGAAUUCUAAAAGAAAGGAGAAAAAAAGAAAGGAAAAGAAAGACAAAAGGCUCAGAGGAAGAAACCCUAUCAAGGAAGUCAAUCAUGACAAAGAAAAAAAAAAAGGACAAAAAAAAAUAAGCUAUGGGUAACAUAAUGCCAGUAAUUCAGCUGCUAGACCCAAGCACUGAAGUCUUACCCGUUCGACCUUUUAUUAUUAUUAUUUUUCAAAUAAACUUUAUGGCUAUUUGUUCUAUAAUGUUCUAGAAAAUUCUCACUCAGGUACACAGUGCCAACAAGUGGCUUGUGAAUGUGUUCUGUUGUUUUGUGUACAAUUUAAAGAAAAAAAAAUUAAGAUUUUUGGGGUGGGGUGGGGUUGGGAGAGAUAAUGAUGCAUCUGGUAAGAGGGGAGGGACCAACGAUAGGCUUCUUUUAAUUCCUCCCCUUCCUCGUGUUUCCACCAUCUUUUCUUCCACCUUUCCAGAAUUAGACUUGAAAGCACGUUAUGCAUCUGGCAGGGAUGCAGGGACCAAGCCAGGUUGAACCCAUGCAGAAUCUGAGUCAACGGUGGCUCUGCAGCAGGGAAGAGAACCUAAGGAUUAUUGUGUAGAAAAAUCAAAAUGCUGGAGAUUGAACAUUUAGGAUCUGCUCAGAGCCUUUGGUGUCUUAUGCCAGUGCCAAUGGGAUACUGCGCAGGAUGCAAUAAACAUUUGCAUUAAUUAUAUCAUUUACAGCCCACGCUUUUGGUCUUAUCAAUGUACCUUUACGCCAGGCGAGACCACUUAUCCUUUCAGAACAGGAAUUGGCCCUCAGUCUACCUUCAGAGCUCUUGAAAUCAGAAUAAAAAAUGACCUGUUCCUUCCUGAAGCUCUCUGCAUGAGACAAAACUGGAAGGUCUCGUUAAAAGUGGACAGUAUCCAGUUUGAAUCCUUCCCCACCCGAUGUCGGCUGUGUGGCCCUAGCUUAUUAGUCCAAUGGGAAUGUAACUCUUGACUGAAUAAAGGUUGCCCAGUCUAGUAGCUCAUCUAGAUCGGUUCAUCUUAGCCUAGUAGACCGUGGGUUCUCAACCCCUCCCAAAAUUCUGAAUGUCAGCCCUUUGGCAAAUAAAUUGAUGGUCACAGUCUUUUCACAAGAGAAAGACAUAAAUUAAUUAUCCAAAAUGCAAUUGGUUGACUGGAUAUCUGUCCUUGGUUAUUGUUCGGUCAUCAACUUUACAAAGGUCUUUUCAGUCAGACGGCCUUGGUGUUCUCUGAGCUUGGUUGUUUUUUUUGUUUUUUGGGGUUUUUUUUGCAGAUGAUUCAUUACCCAAACCAGUGCUGGAAGCAAAAUCCACUCUCUUCUAGCACUGAUGGUAUUACCUAAAUGGUAUAAGGUUUCCUGCUUGAGCAAGAGGUUGGACUAGAAGAGCUCCAAGGGUCCCUUCCAAUUCUGUCAUUAUGUUAAAACACUAAGCCUUCAGUUGGGUCAUGAAACAUCUGCAAGAAUCAAACCAAGCUCAGAGAGCAUCAAGGAUCCCUCAUUUCAACCCUGAGCUACAAAUAUUCUCCUUUAUUGGUCCUUUUGGACUGGAUCCAAAAGUGAUUGGGUCUCCAAAUCGGAAUAUCUUAGAGAGAUUCCCAUCACCUCUUCCCAUUUCAAUCUUCUCAGCCAUUCCUUUAAUUUGGUGUUCAUAAUCCUAACUGAGCAAAUUCUGCUACAUGGGCUAUAGUUAGACAUAUCUCUGUUGUAGCCACCCCAAGCAACUAGCCAAUCCUAACUGGGCAAAUUCUGCUACAUGGACUAUAGUUAGACAUAUCUCUGUUGUAGCCACCCCAAGCAAUCAGCCAAUCAACCUCUUCCUUUUUUAGGAGAGUCCUCCUUUUACUUUUCACCAAUUCCAGACCAGAUCAAAUGUUGAGCAAAGUGCCAAAUCUGUACUAAUGUGAGAAAUGAUGUCUAUUUCAUAAUUUUCUUUUCUCAUUUGGUUGUCUUGAUUGUCUUUCUUUCAUCUUGUCUUUAGUCUUAAAUUAGGGAAGCAUUGUGUCUUAGACAAUCUCUUGAAGAAGUCCAUUGCCAGCACCUGAUAAGGUUAGUUCUUGUUGCUUUUUUUUUUUUUUUUUUAAAUAAACUUGAAGUGAUUCUCAGGUGAAUCAAAUCUAUAUAGAGACAGGCAAACUUUGGAUUUGUGUGUGUGCGCGCGCAUGGAUUGUGUGUCGAUGGUUUAAGGGGACCAAAUACCAAGCGAUUGUGAGAGCAAAAUUGAAUAACUCAAUUGCAUUCCCAAAAAGUUUGAAUCUGUAUGGUAUCUGCAAAGUAGGUAGGUAUAGAAACAUAGAUAUAUUUUUUUUUUUUUGUCCAGAGGAACAGAAAAGGAAGCAGCAGCUUCCUAAUUAGAUCGCUGGAAUGAAAAGAAAAGGAUUGGCCAAAACUUUACGUCCAAAUUUUCAGACCCACAGUUACAUCUUUAAUAGGAUGGGAGCCGAGUCUAUAUCUUACGGUCGCACCGAUAACGUUUUUGUCUGAUCUGUGGAAAUCUCAUGGACCCUGUGUGUGAUUCAUCUAGCUGGUCUGUCUUCUUGCUUUCCUCGUUGUUGUGAUAAGUGCAGAAGCUGAAGCUUUCGCCCUGUUUCCCGUGGUGUGAAAUAUGGCUUUGAAGAGGAGGGCUAGCCAUGCGUAAGAGAUGCCCUCAUGUCACUGGGGCUGCUGUUUUUGUGGUUUCCGGGAACUUCUAUUCAGCCAGAAUAAUUUGAUUCACCGACCAACCUAGUCUAGGCGUUGGCAUGUCAGACACAUAUUGAGAUGUACCUUCUGCUCAAAAGCCCCUACUAGCAUACAAAAUUUCCUGCCCUUAGUCCUACAGUUUAUUCCAAUAUCGAAGGAAAUCUGGUUGCGUAAUCCUAGACUUUUGGUGACACUGAUUGAAAGACAAUUGAUUGCCGGGGUCUCUUGAAGGUUGCCUGGAUUUGUGAAAACUUUGGCUGUUUGUUGGGAUGAAGAUGGGAAAAAAAACUUUUUUUUUUAAUUUGAUUUAUAUGCCGCCCUUCUCCGGAGACUCAGGGCGGCUUACAAUGCGUUAAGCGAUAGCCUUCAUACUUUUGUAUAUUUAUACAAAGUCAGCUUAUUGCCCCCACAAACUGGGUCCUCAAUUUACCUACCUUAGAAAGGAUGGAAGGCUGAGUCAACCUUGAGCCUGGUGGGAUUCGAACUUACAGUAAUUGCAGACAGCUGGUGUUAAUCACAAUGCUAUCAGUCUGCUGAGCCACCAGGCCCUUUGAAUAUUAAACCCACUUUGAAUAAGUGGGUUUAAUGUUCUCUUAUUUUCUUCUUUCCCCCCCCCCCACUUCACUCUCUUUCUCUCCUCUCCCUCCUCUCUCUCAAGAUUAGUUUGAAGCACUUUGAUGACCAUAGAUUUAAGGAUCGCAGCUGGCUUUGGCCAAUCUCGUAAACAAAACUGCUGAUAGAAGUAGGGAAGGUAGGGGUAGCAGAUGCAUUUUGCCAUUCUAAUUGGUUUAUUACGAGUGCAAAUCUGAUAUAUAAGUCAUAUAUAGUUAGUCCUCGACUUACAACAGUUCGUUUAGUGAACAUUCAAAGUUACAAUGGCACUGAAAAAAUGACUUAUGGCCAUUUUUCACACUUAAUGACCGUUGCAGCAUCCUCAACGUCACAUGAUCAAAAUUCAGCUGCUUGGCAACUGGCUCAUAUUUAUGACGGUUGCAGUGUCCCAAAAUCAUGCGAUUAAUCCCCUUUUGCGACCGUCUGAGAAGCCAGAUUCUCUUAACAACUGUGUUACUAACUUAACAACCGCAUGUGAUUUGUUUAACAACGGUGGCAAGAAAGAUCAUAAAAUUGGGGCAUACUCAUUUAACAAAUGUCUUACUUAGCAACAGAAAUUUGGAACUCAAUGGUGGUCGUAAGUCGAGGACUACUUGUAUAGGAAAACUACUUAUGGGAAAACAUAACAUUCCAAAGAAGGUUUUUGAGAGC